CUAACCCGUGUGUUCUCUGCUCUAUAGACUCCUCUCUCUAGAGAUAACUAACCCGUGUGUUCUCAGCUCUAUAGACUCCUCUGCAGCGGAGGAGAUGCCAGGUGUUGUUUGCUGUGUGUUUGCCUCUGAUAUUCCGGGCAGUAACGCUACGGGACCGAUCCAUUACGACGAGACGGUGCUCGCUGACCAACAGGUGACGUGUGUCGGACACAUAAUCGGAGCCGUGGUGGCAGAAACUCAGCUGGAAGCUCAGAGAGCAGCUAAAGCUGUGAAGGUUCAAUACGAGGAGCUAAAGCCCAUCAUCACCAUACAGGAAGCCAUCGCUAACCAGUCCUUCUACCAGCCAUUCAGAACCAUCCAGAACGGAGACCUGGAGGCGGGCUUUAAGCAGGCCGACCACACCCUGGAGGGUGAGAUGCACAUUGGAGGGCAAGAGCAUUUCUACCUGGAGACCAACGUCACCCUGGCUGUUCCUCGAGAAGACGGAGAGAUGGAGCUGUUCGUCUCUACGCAGGCUCCCACCAAAACACAGUCUCUGGUGGCGAAGGCUCUGGGCGUCUCGGCCAAUCGGGUGGUGGUGCGGGUGAAGAGGAUGGGGGGGGGCUUCGGGGGGAAGGAGUCCCGCACCACGCUGCUGUCCACCGUGGUCGCCGUGGCAGCCAACAAGCUACGGAGGCCUGUGAGGUGCAUGCUGGACCGAGACGAGGACAUGUUGAUCUCUGGGGGGAGACACCCCUUCUACGGGAAAUACAAGGUGGGUUUCCUGAACAGUGGAAAGGUUGUGGCUCUGGACGUGUCGUACUACAGUAACGUAGGAAACUCCAUGGACCUCUCUCUGUCGGUGAUGGAGCGCGCUCUCUUCCACAUGGAGAACUCGUACAGUCUGACCAACAUUAGAGGCCGUGGCUUCCUGUGUAAAACCAACCUGCCGUCAAACACCGCCUUCAGAGGCUUCGGAGGACCUCAAGGGAUGAUGGUGACGGAGAACUGGAUCACUGACGUGGCUCAGAGCCUGGGGAAGCCUUCUGAUGAGGUACGUGAGGGGAGGAGUGAAUGUUGG